CGUACUCACCAACUCAUGUCCUGGAUACUCUUCUUUUUCGUGGGCGUUGUCACGGCCUGUGUGGCGUUUUUCAUCGACUUUUUUGUCAAGCAACUCAUGAAAGUCAAAUUUGACUAUUUGGUCAAGUCUGUCAAUGAGUGUCAAGAACAUGGGUGCCUCGCGUUGUCCUUGGUCUACUUUCUCUGCUUCAACUGCGGAUUCGUCCUGAUUGCCACCAGCCUCACAGCGUUGGCGCCCGUGGCGGCUGGUUCGGGAAUUCCAGAGAUAAAGUGUUAUCUCAAUGGCAUCAAGCUUCCAGGCGUUACGGACUUACUCACUAUGGUCGCAAAAGCUGUUGGUGUGCUCUUCAGCGUGAGCGGUGGCAUGUUUGUUGGCAAGGAAGGCCCAAUGAUUCACAGCGGCGCCAUUGUGGGCGCUGGCUUAACACAAGGGCAGAGCAGCAAUCUUUCCUGGCUUCGCACCAACUUCCUUCGCCGCUUUCGCAAUGAUCGCGACAAGCGAGACUUUGUGUCUGGAGGUGCUGCUGCUGGCGUUGCUGCUGCUUUUGGAGCGCCCAUCGGGGGAGUUCUCUUCAGCCUUGAAGAAGGAGCUUCGUUUUGGAACCAAUCUUUGACUUGGAAAUCCCUGUUUUGCUCCAUGUCCUCUGCUUUUAUUCUCAACCUUCUCGUCUCUGGCAUCCAGCUGCAUGCUUGGGGUCAAUUGGACGCCACCGGCUUGGUCAAUUUUGGAAAGUUCAAUUCAGAGGGCUCCCAUUUAUGGAAUGUUGUGGACCUGGCGUUUUUCUUGGUCAUGGGUGCGGUUGGCGGGCUGCUCGGCGCACUUUUCAACGAAAUGAACAAGCGCCUGACAAUUUACCGCAUGAAGCACGUCAAAACGCGAGGCAAGCGCGUCGCGGAAGCACUCCUGGUCUCUGCCGUGGGCACAUGUCUGGUCUUCGUUUUGGCCAUGACUAUGGGUAAGCGCCCACCCAAAAGUUACCUUGCUGAAACACGAACCGGCACCUGUCGGUCCUUGACCGCUGAAGAUUUGAACAAGGAGUUUGUUAAGGAUGCGCGUGGCUUUUUUUGCGGUGAAAACGAGUACAAUGACAUGGCCACGCUGGCGCUCAAUCCGCAAGAAGUGUCCAUCAAGACUAUGUUUCACAUGGAUGGUACCUUCUCUGAAAAAACCCUCUUCUGCUUUUUUCUAAUGUAUCUGGUGAUUGCUUGCUGGACAUAUGGUGUGAGCAUCCCUAGUGGACUCUUCGUACCUUGUCUUGUCACUGGCGCCGCGUACGGGCGUUUGGUCGGCGCGCUGCUGCGAAUGUGGUUGGGUGAUUAUACUGCCACCAACCUGGGUACCUAUGCGCUGAUUGGCGCAGCAUCUUUCCUCGGCGGUGUCGUUCGCAUGACCAUCAGCCUGACCGUCAUUCUGAUUGAAAGUACGGAUGAGAUCACUCUCGGCCUUCCACUCAUGGUCACGCUGAUGGCCGCCAAGUUUAUGGGUGACCUCUUCAACGAAGGUCUCUACGAUAUUCACAUUGAACUCAAGCACAUCCCACUCUUGGGGUGGGAACCUUCCGUGGUUAGUGUGUCUGGAAGACAUGGAGGCUUUUAA